AGUAGUAUGGCAUAAAUCAGAUUACUGCAUUAGUUCUUUUUCUCCUGAAGUUAAAAAGUAGGCUCCUACCCUGGCACGUUCGUCGGUGAGCGAACAUUAAUAGUUUCAAAAUAAACAGCGAGUCCAACGCCCCCCCAGCUUACAGCCAUUUGGUACGGUCCUGUGUCGCGCGGGAGGAGAGAGGCGCGUUAGCUCUGUUGCUAACGAGCAGUGUCACUCCGGUAAGAUCAGGUUACACACGCCACUCUGGUUCGUUGGUGUUAUUCGCAUCUUACAACGUCCACGGUGCUCCAACACUUAAAAACGAAGAAUGGCUCGAGAUUACAAGCCUGGCGACCUGAUCUUUGCCAAGAUGAAAGGGUAUCCUCACUGGCCAGCCAGGAUCGACGAAGUCCCUGAUGGCGCCGUGAAGCCCUCUAACGUUAAGUUUCCCAUCUUUUUCUUUGGAACUCAUGAAACAGCAUUCUUGGGUCCCAAGGACAUCUUUCCAUAUUUACCAAACAAAGAGAAGUAUGCAAAACCCAACAAGAGAAAGGGCUUCAAUGAGGGCUUAUGGGAGAUUGAAAAUAACCCUACAGUAGAGCUCAGUGGACAAAAGGUGAUGGCAGUGGAAGCCGCUUCCGAUAAAGAAUCGGACAGUGGCCCCGAAGGGGAAGAAGAGGGUGGCGAAAAAACUCAGGAGAGAAGGAAGAAGGCUGCCAGAGUGACUGACAAUCAGGCAGGGCAGGAGGAAGAGGAGGAGGAGGAGGAGGAGGAGGAGGAAGGUGAUGGCAUGGAGGUGUCUGAACAGGGCCCUCUAGUGGAGGAAGAGUCUUCACAAAAGGAAUCGACAGAGGAUAUGAAAAGUAAAAGAGGAAGGAAGAAAAAGGGGGACACUGAGCAGGAAUCUGAGAAAGAGGAUGCAGCUGUUAGUCCGACCUCCAGCCCUAUAGGUGGGGACGCACCAGCUCCAAAGCGGAGAGGCAGGAAGCCCAAAGCUGAAAAACUGCUUUUGCUUCACCAGCAGCAGGCUUCCCACGGACCUGCCAAUGACACAGACGCUGGCACCGAUCCGGACCGAAAACGCAGGAGGGGCCCUGAAGACAAAGGCAGGUGUUCCGAGGGAGAGGAGGAGAGGAGAGCCGAUGGGAAGAAGAGGAAGGAGGAGCUUAAAGGGGGGAAGAAGGAGCCAGAAACAAAGAGAAAAAAGAACACCAAGGAGGAGAGCUCCUCUGACUCCGACGAUGAGGGGAAGCAGGGUGGGCCGGGCCGCAAACGCGCAUCGCUGAAGCCCACGGCCGAACCGGAGAAGGAAGAAAGGCGCCGCAGACAGGACGAGCUGAAGGAAUCGGGAAAAGAGGAUGGCAAGAAAGAUGAAAGAAAAGGAGAAAAGAGAAAGGAAGUGUCCACAGAGUCCAGGCUGCAAAGAUUACAUGGGGAGAUUAAGAUCUCACUGAAGAUCGAUAAUCCGGAUGUGAAGAAGUGUCUGUUGGCCCUAGAUGAGCUGGGCUCACUACAGGUCACCACACAGCAUCUCCAGAAGCACUGUGAGCUCAUCGCCACGCUGAAAAAGAUCCGUAGAUUCAAGGCCAGUCAGGAUAUAAUGGACAAGGCCACCAUGCUGUAUAACAAGUUUAAGACCAUGUUCCUGGUGGGGGAGGGGGAGGCUGUGCUCAGCCAGGUGAUCAACAAAUCUCUGGCAGAGCAGCGGCAGUUCGAGGAGGCCAAGAAGGGGGCAUUGAAGAGAGCAGAACAGACCAAAGAGCCCAGCACAGAUAACAGGGUUUUAAACGGGGACUCCGGCCCUGAGGAGAAGACUGCAGAGGUUGAGGGCGAGAGACCAGAAGAGCCUGCAGCGCUGGAGAACACCAGUGUCGCCAACCCAACAGACUCCGCCUGAUCACGACGCACCAGUGGCAGUCCUGCUGCGUUUCUGCGGAAACUCACUGUGCACGCACGCACAAGUCCUUGCACAAGGCCAGAAGUCACUUUUAUACAUCAAACCCUCCGCCGCUCCCUGACGGAGGCCCUUUGAGUCUUGAAGCGUUUAAGGGAUUUGCUGGUGUUUUAGAUACCAAUGUUUUUAACGCCAAUGUGUUUGUUUUAGCCUCAGGAGUCUUCUCAGAAUAGUGACGCAUUUCUCAUGACUUGGAAUUUAAUCGUCUGUGUAGAUUGUAGUUCAGACAGACGUCAUUUUGACUGACUGUUGAUCCAUGCUGUUUGUACUGACCGUCUCCGACAGGAAACAUUCCCAAAUGGGUCCUUUUGUCCUUUCAGCUGCUAGAAGGAAGUUGGAAUCGUUUGUCUUUGUGCCACAAACACUGAAGUGAGGCAGAACUGGUGGGGUUUAUGACUAUUUGGUUCAGUCCUGGUGUUGAGGUAACCUGCUGAGAGCAGAGCAAAGAUAUUUUACAACUGGCGUUCGAGAACCGGUUUGCUGUGACUAAUGAAGUGGUAUUUGUGGUGUAUAUGCUGAAUGUAUGUCAUUAUGCAGGUGUGUGUGUGUGUGUGUACAUAUUUCAAACUGCUACUUGUAUGUUUUCUGAUGGACGUUCUGAAACUUGUUUUGAUAUGAAAGUGCUUUUUUUCCAUUUCUCUAGGUACAUGUUUGUCUUAAACCGUCCCAUUCACUAGCAUUUGUGUAUAUAAGAGUACUGUAUUUUUGUGCCUGUUCUGAAACCUGUUUUGGCCUUAUUAAAGUAGCGCUUACCUGAA